UCAAACAGAAAACAUUGCCUACAUGAAACGUGCCACCACAUCUUCUGGGAUCUAUAGGGAUGUCUGGUCUGCAGACAAAGCUGUAGAUGGGAACCGGGACCAGGAUGUGCACCAGAACUCCUGCUACCACUCUCUUAGCCCUCGAAGUGUGUGGACAGUAGACCUGGGACAGCAGUACAGGAUACACGACGUCAAGAUAUACAACCGGGGUGGAUAUGUUGACUUAAUCCGAUCCGCUGUCCUCUCUCUGAGUAACUCCAGCAGCUCCACACCUGGCGUACCUUGCUACACCUUCCCCAGCAACACUACAGCAGGCAACUCUGUCUACGAUGUCAUCUGUGAUGGGAGGGGACGAUACUUCACCAUCACACACUGGACAGACCAUCUAAAUAUCUGUGAAGUGGAGAUCUACGAAUGUUCCUCACGGACCUAUGGACAAAACUGCAGCAAGCGAUGUACUGACAGGAACUGUGCAGGAAACUCACUAUGUGAUCAUGUGACAGGAUCAUGUGUGCCCGGAUGUAAAGUAGGGUGGAUGGGUAUAGACUGUGUGGAGGAAUGUUCCUCACGGACCUAUGGACAAAACUGCAGCAAGCGAUGUAUUUACAGGAACUGUGCAGGAAACUCGUCAUGUGACCACGUGACAGGAUCAUGUGUGCCCGGAUGUAAAGUAGGGUGGAUGGGUACAGACUGUGUGGAGGAGUGUGAUGAAGACCAUUACGGUGUCAACUGUAAAGAGACAUGUGGCAACAGGAACUGUGCUAGUAAUACAUCGUCAUGUGACCGGCGGACUGGGUCAUGUGACACCGGGUGUCUCCCUGGAUGGUUAGAGGAGGACUGUACACAGGAAUGUUCCUCACGGACCUAUGGACAAAACUGCAGCAAGCAAUGUACUGACAGAAACUGUGCAGGAAACUCGUCAUGUGACCACGUGACAGGAUCAUGUGUGCACGGAUGUAAAGCCGGGUGGAUGGGUAUAGACUGUGUGGAGGGGUGUGAUGAUGACCAUUAUGGAGUUAACUGUAACGAGGAUUGUGGCAACAGGAACUGUGCUACUAAAAAAUCGUCAUGUGACCCGCUUUGUGGGUUAUGUGUCACCGGGUGUCUCCCUGGAUGGACAAAGGUGGACUGUGAAGAAGAAUGUUCCCGAGGGACCUAUGGACAAAACUGCAGCAAGCAAUGUAGUGACAGGAAUUGUGAAGGGAACUCGUCAUGUGAUCAUGUGACAGGAUCAUGUGUGCCCGGAUGUAAAGAAGGAUGGAUGGGUAUAGACUGUGUGGAGGCUUGCGAACCCGAUCAAUACGGUCCAAACUGUACAAAGACCUGCUCCUCCAGACACUGUAAGGGGAACUCUUCCUGUAACUCAACAGGGGGAUGUGAGAAUGGGUGUGAGGAAAGGUGGACAGGGACUGACUGCACAGCAUGCGACAGUCAACGGUAUGGAUCAAACUGCACCAAGAACUGCACCUCCAGACACUGUGCGGGUGAUUCAUCCUGUAAUUCUAAAGGGGACUGUGACAGCGGUUGUAAGGCAGGGUGGAUGGAGUCAGACUGUACAGCGGAAGUGUUUCAAGAGGCCGUGUCAUCUGAUCUCCCUGUCUCUAUACCAACAUAUGCUGGAGUGGUGGGCUUUGUGCUGGUUGGCCUUGUGCUGGUUCUCAUCUUUGUCUUCAUCAGACGAAGGAAACUCUCGAAAAGGAAGCAUGGCGAUGCUGAACUGGUCUCAAAGACUGUGCAGAGCUCUCAAGAUGAAGGCAAUGUCUACAUGAAUGUUGGACAUGAUGAAGAGAAGCAGUCAACAACAGCUUCACGGAAGAGGCUAACACAGGUUCAACCUGAAGCCCCACAGGAGGAGGAGAAGGAAGAGCAGGGAGGGGAGGAGGAGGGGGAGCCGGAAGAGGGGGAGAAGAAAGAGGAGCCGGAAGAGGAGGAACAAGAAGAGACCUAUGACACAACAACACAACGAGAGGAAGCAGCGGAAAUCCCUGACAGAAACUACUACAACCUAGAGGAGGCUGGCAUUGGUCGUGUGAUCCCUGUUUCUACAUUACAAGCAAGAGCUCGUGAAUUUGAAGAAACACCUGAACUUGCAGAAGAUGAAUUUAAGCGUCUACCGGAUGGCUUCAUUCAUCCUUAUGUGGACUCACAGAUGCCAAAGAACAGCGGGAAGAACAGAUUCAAAGGAUAUUACCCAUAUGACUACAACCGUGUUUUGCUACAGGAUGGCGCUGGUGGGGGAGAUUACAUCAACGCCAGCUACGUGGAUGGCUACAAGAAGGACAAGCGCUAUAUAGCAGCACAAGGUCCCUACAACAAUCAAGUGGUAGUCGACUUCUGGAGAAUGGUCUGGGAGAAGGAAUGCAGAACUGUUGUCAUGGUAACCGGGCUCGUUGAGGCGGGCAAGGUGAAGUGUCUUCGAUACUGGCCUGAGAAAGGCACCAAAAAGUAUGGAGAUGUUAUGGUUACAAUGGUAUCGGAAACACGGCUAUCGAACUACACAUUUACAAACCUGUCUGUGGAGAAUGCAAAGGAAAGGAAGAAAUGGGACGUCAAUCACCUCCACUUCACCAGCUGGCCAGACCAUGGUGUGCCGGACGCUGCUGCCCUGCUGGACUUCAUGUGGAGGGUCAAGGUCAUAUCUGGACAACAAACUCAGCCGAUCAUAGUCCACUGCAGUGCUGGAAUAGGGAGAACAGGAACGUACAUCGCAGUCGAGAAUCUCGUGGAGCAGGCAAAGGCAGAGGACGUUGUGGACGUCGUCAGCUUCGUCUCCAACAUGAGAGGGCAGAGGAAGAACAUGAUACAGACAAAGGAGCAGUACAUGUUCGUGUACCAGGCGGUGGCGAGGGCGGUGACAGACGGUGACACGUCAGUGGACGUUGACGACAUCAGACAGAUGGAUCUUGGCUGCGUGUCUGAUAUCACCUUUGGGAACAGGACUGUGCGACAGCAUCUUGAGGCGUUGCAGAAUGUACAGCGAGGAAACCCAGAGAGUUUCGGCGUCAGAAGCGUUCACUCUUACACAAAGAGCAAUGGCUUCUUCAUAAUGACGUCACAUCCGGACAAAGAGGAAGUGUGGAAUCAGGUUUACAACAGUGACUCAAACAGCCUGAUAACAUUUGCUGUCGGUGAUCUGAGAUAUCUACCAUCCGUUGAUCAUCCCAUUACAACCAAGAGCUUUGCAGUGAGCAUGCGCAGGUCAGCAGCCUUGUCCAAUGGCAUUCUGAUGAAUACAAUUGACAUCAAUUUACUGGACUGUGACGAUACCACCUGCAUACAGCACUAUCACAUCGCAGGAAGUGUACGGGACCCGAAUAUCAACUUGAUGAUUGACAGUUUCCUUACAUGGACCAGUGAUCCACAGCGAAGUUCAAGCACUGUUAUCUCUGAUUCUUUGACUGACUGUCGUCUUCUGGUGCUCUUGGCGAACAUUGCCAGCAGACUGCAAGACGACGGUAGAGUGGACGUCAUCAACAGCAUGCGACAGCUCUACACACGUCUUGGAGGUCCGCCAUUUACUGAGGCUGACGUUUCGUUCUGUCUAGAGUCUGUCCAGCGGCAGCUGGAGUCAAGCAAUGUUUACGUCAUCUUCUGACAGCUUCCAGAAGGAAACAACACAUUAUAUGACAUUACAAUUCCACCCCGACAUACAUGUCUGUGAAGAAAGCAAAGAAAUAUGACCAAUUCAUAUCCCAUAUACAUCAUUCUUGAUUAAGCUGGAUGUAAAUCGUUCACAACAAGCAUAUUCAUACAUCCUGAACUUGGGAAGAACACAACUGCUUCCCCACCAUCAGACUUAAUAUUUGAAACCAUCAGACCAACAUAUAACUAACAAAAGCAGGAUGCGGUA